UCUCACAAGCCACACAGGGAGUGUACAGUUUUGACUUGCCAAGCCAGAUGCUCCUUUGGACACCGAACUGGUGGCGAUGGUAGGAGUUGAAGAGGAACAGCUGAAAGCAUAGGACUGUUACACCCUUGGUUGCACUGUGAAUCUCCGAGAAGCCCGCUGACACCAUGAGUGACUUGGGAAGCCUAGUUGGUGACUGCCCCAAGCCCAGUGCGAGAGCCAUUUAUGAGCAGAGGAAGAAGUAUUCCAACAUCACCAUGGCAGACGUCUCCCAGUAUGCUGUCAAUCACUUGGUGACCUUCUCCAUCGGGGAAGAGGAUGACUUGGCAACUGUGGAGGAUGCCACCAGGAAACUGUCCGUCAUGGAUGCACAAGGGAAGAUCUGGGUUCAGGAGAUGUUGCUUCAGGUCAACGGAUCGGCUGUCAAGCUCUUCGACGUAGACUCCAAGGAGGAGCUAGAGAACUACGGAUUGGCAGCUGUGGCUCGUUGUGAAGUUGUUCGACCUGAGUCUCGGUCCCAGCCACUGCUUCUGCUUGUGUGCCAGGAACCCCACCAGCUCAAACCUGAUGUUCACUUCUUUGAAUGUAACCACAUCGGGGCAGAAUUGAUCCGGCAGGACAUUAACAGUGCUCUGUCAGACUUCAGGACGGGUGGAAAUGCCCAGCGGAAGGAGGCGCUCAGAGCUAACCAGACUUGGCUGGGCAACCAGACAGAAGAGUCUCCGGAGACCCUCCCUCAGCCCCCUAAACAGGUGCCCUCCAGGAUUACAGUCAUCACACCAGAGCAAACAGAGAAUGUUCCAGCCGUCUCGAAAGCUGAGUCUGACCUGGCCAUGGUGCGUGCUGAGCGCAAUGUGGAGCUACUGAACCAGGUUUUCGAUGAUGUGGAAGCCUUUAUGGGGAAGCUGCAGAAAUCUGCUGAAGCUUUCCGUGUGCUGGAACAGCGCAAGCGCUCCUCAAGAGGGCGUUACCGAGAGUCAGGUGUGGGACUCCUGACAGUCCGAGCUCGGCCUCCUGCCCCGGAGGAGUUUGAAGACACUCUGGCUAAGAUUAAAUAUUCCUUCAGCCUUCUGGCACGAUUGAAAUCUAACAUCUCCAACCCUACCUCGGAGGAGUUGAUCCAUUUUCUCUUGAGUCCCUUGAAGACGGUUGUGGAAGCUUCUGGGGGGCCAGAUUUUGCUUCUGAGUUGCGCAGCCCCAUGCUGACCCUGGAAGCAGUGACCUUCAUGCGAAACUGCUUGGGAGAACAGGAAGCUGAAGUGUGGCAUUCGUUGGGUGAAAAUUGGACCAGGCCAAGAGUGGACUUCCCCCGGGACUAUGCAGCUCCCUACACCCCAACUUUCCGAAGUGGUUGGGAGCCCCCACACCUGGACCCUUCUGGGCAGCCUUGGGAAGACCCAGUGGAGAUGCAACACCGACACGAAGAACGCCGCGCUCAGCAAUCAGCUCCCACAAUUGCAGCCAAUGGACACAAACACAGAGAGAGCAAGUCAGUGAUCUGCACCCAUAAUUUCACAGCUAGAAACAGCAACGAGCUAUCCAUACUUCAAGGAGACAUACUGGAGGUCCUGGAUGACGGCAAGAAGUGGUGGAAAGUUCAGAACCACUGUGGUCAAGUUGGCUAUGUCCCUUAUAAUAUUCUUACCCCGGUUCCAAGCAUAGAUGAUUCCAGCAUCCAAAACCACAACACAACUGUUCAGAUGAACAGAACCAGCCCUGAGAUGUCCAAGAAAACUCCACCCCAGCCGCCACCCAAAACCAAAGGUCUGUACUCAAAUGGCAGAAACUGGGCCAGUACGGAGGCACUUAACAUGAACCUGAGUGAGCGAGAGCGCUUCAACACGGUUAACGAGGAGCUUGCCUUGAGGCUGGCCAAUGGGACAACUGGCCAGACCAAGAACCUUCACAUCCAGCGUGCUCCAGACACCAGCGUGCCUUUAGGAUACAAUUCGGACCCUGCUCAAGUCCGGACCUGGCUCGAGGCCAAAGGAUUCAGCCCAUUGACUGUUAGUGCCUUGGGAGUUCUAAAUGGGGCUCAGCUCUUCUCCCUGAAGAAGGAUGAAUUCAAAGCUGUCAGCCCAGAGGAAGGAGUUCGAGUCUACAGCCAGGUCACAGUCCAGAGAGCCGUCUUGGAGGAUUCUGGGAAAGUAUCAGAGCUAGAUGCUGUGAUGAAGAAACAAAAAAGGAAACUGGAGGGUUUGAACGGAUAGAUGGGAGAUCUCCCUGUUCUGGUGUGGGAGUGCCCUCUGUUGAAAAAACGAGGAACUGCAGGAUAACAGGCUCAAAAGUCACAUCAUCAUCUCAUGCUUGGCCAGCUGCCCUCUGUUCCCACAUGAGCCAAAAUCUACCUUAUACGGGAACAUUUGUUUUGAGCUAAAAAGUAGUCCUCCACUUUGUUGUUGUUGUUGUGUGUAUGUUUUGCGUUCCUGAUCGAUUGCUCUCUCCAACUCGUAUCCCAGAUUUCCCCAAAAUCCCUUUUUGAAAUAGUUAUCAGAAAGUAAAUGUUUUGGCUCCUAGACCCUCCUUUCCUACCCAUAUGGGGAAAGAAAUAGAACAACAGUAUUCCCCUUUCCCAUUAUAGCAAAGAAUAUUCAUAUUGCAUUUAUUAUAUCUCCUCUCAUGCAAAAUGAAAUAAUGGUUUGCCUUUUACAGAAGGUAAUGGACCUAGGGCUUGCUCACUAGGAAAACUGGAUUGGAUUACUAUCAUUAAUUCAAUUUUCCCAGCCAUGCAACAGAUCUCCAUGGAAAAUCCACUCGCCAAAUCAAAAUUCUUCCAUUCUCAUCCAUUGUUUGUUGUUUCUCCCUCUCUCUCCCCUCUGCCCCAUUCUUCAGUUAACUCUAGGCCUGAAUAUUGUUGUACAUGUGAUUUGUUUUGCAGUUGCACUGUAUCACAAAGUUUGUAACCAUAAAUGUUAAUUAAAGUAGCUAUUUUUGUGCAUAUGUAUUUUCCUCGAGGUCACACUGCAUCAUAGGAGUUGUAGUCAAACUUUUGUCUCCCCAUCAGUGCGAGCUGUGCCAGCGCAUGACUAUUUUCUUCUGUUGCCUGGAUUUCUCCAUCUAUCUUUACUUGAGCAAGGAUAGAUAGAGAGGGCCCAGUAAAAGAACAGCAUGGCACAAAAGUAUUAAAGUAUCCUAGGAAUCUUUUCUCCUUCAGGACAGACAUGGGGACCUAGGGAACAAGCCAUUUUACAAGAUCAUGCCUCCACCCUUAAAGGAUUCGCUCCCCCAGCCAGAGUGAUACCUCCAUGCCAUUGAGUUAAUAUAAGCUGUCGUUGGGCAAUACCACAUCUGGUCACUAGAUGGCAGUCUCUAUUUGAGGCAAACCAAGAUACCAUGCACAAAUAUUUCUGGAAAAUUUCAUUGCCAGAUUUUUGCCAGAUUUUAACAGCUUGACCCUUUCAUCGGUAUUUUUAAAAGAAAAAAAAUGAACUGAAUCAGCUGCUUUCAAGGAGUCUUGUACAAGAAAAUGGAAUAUUUCAAGUUUUUUUAUUUUAAAAACCAUUUAUGUAAAAGUUUGAUUUGGGUUUGCUGUAUUUCCAUUGUGGAUUGCGGGGGGGGGGCUGGAAAUUUAACCACAUUUUUCCCAACAGUUUUCACACUUGUUAAAAAAAAUUGUUGAAGAACACACAAGGAUUUUGACUGCUUUAGUACUUGAACUGUUUCCUUUCAAACUCCCUGUGUUUAGUUUUAAGCACUACGUUGCCAGUGUUUCUGCUCAGAUUGUUUACUCUUGAUGUGUGUCUUUUAAAAUUAAUAUGUUGGAGAAAUUUUGGGCAAAUCACUCAAAGCUGUUUUUCCAAAAGAGAUCUAGUGUAAGGGAAUAUUUAUUUUAAACCAUAUUUAUGUUAAUUUAACAUUGGUUGCCAUUAAUGUUUUGUAAUGAACAGGCUGAUUUUGUUUACACUGAUUCCCCCCCCCGCUGUAGCCUAGUUUUGAGAGCUUCCCUAAAACUAGGGUCACCAGUUGGCAACCCCUUGGCUGAAUCUCAUCCUCUGAGCAGCGCAGUCCCUUACAUUGUUGCAAACCCAAGGUAAAAAUAAGGAUUUAGAGAGGUAAGGAACACUAUUAUAAUAAGACUUGGUAGUUGUAGGAAAAGGGUUAGGCCUGUCACUCCCUCUUCAAAAUGGUCUUCAAAACUGGAAAGGAAAAGACAAGGAACUGGGUAGCGUACACUCUGCCACUCACAUGCAACUGCCACAGUACUUUAUAUGGACUUCUAUAAGAAUCUUAAGAUAAUCUACUGGUUGCAUAGAUCUAAGUCUCAGAACCUUUUGCUUUUGCAAACCAUAUAAUGACAAUGAAGAGCCAGUUCAUGUUUAUUAAUACUUUAAUGUAAUACCAUUUAAGGAGUUCCAGAUUGUUUUGGAUUGUUUUGCAAAUGUUAUGCAGUGUAAACAUCUAUGUGCUAACAUUAAUGAAUAUUUGCAAUUUUAAAAAUCUGGUUUAUUUUUCAAAACUUCCUGAGCUGCCCGGAUGCUUGCCCUCUCGGUAGGUGGAGGGCACAUAACAGAAGUGCAGCACAGAUGCCAGCUGUGGGUUUGGUAUUCACUGGGGAAACUGUUAAUUACCUAAA